CUGGGCACCUACGCAGAGCUUAUACCACUUGAGCCAUGGAUCACCUCCCGGGUGAGGUGUUGCUCCUCAUUCUAUCAUUCCUCGAACCCGCAGAGAUCACCAACCUCCAGCUCGUCUCCCGCGGCUUCUAUAACCUCGCCCGCGACAACAGCUUCUGGCGCGCCCGCUGCCUGGAAGAGUCGACCUUCCUCGAGAACCUCGACCGACGACGGCGCCUGUUCGGGCCGACCGGCGACAGAGAGAGCCCGCCGCGAUUCUUGUCCGGUAGCGGCUCCAACGGGAGCCCGGACGCGGGGGCAGCACUCGCUAAUAACGAUGCCAAGCCCACGACGACCUCGUUCGUCUGGAAGGGCGGCGAAACGCGCGAGCGCGAGCGCGUGCGCAUCAUGGCCAACUGGGACCCCUGCUUCCCGUCGGAGCGGGUGUCGUGGUACGACGAAUACGUCCAGCGGCAUGGACCCAUCGCCAUCAAUUGGAUGCAGUACGCCUACGAGGAGGGCCGGGACCCCUCUUCGCCCGCGUCGGUGGCCGACAUGGUCGAGGCCCGCGGCGUUGCGCUGUACUACCCCGAUGGGGAGGCCGGCGAGGCGGUGCUGGCGGUGUCGCCGCUAGACGACGGGAGCGUGGCUAUGUGGGACGUGGGCGGGACGAUGGGGAAGAGGGGAGCUCUCGUCGCGAGGAGCCGGCGGGGGAUCCUGUUCGUCGACGGCCCAGAAGCGGACAAUCGCAAGCGGUCCAAGAGGAUCGAUUCCGGGGUGACGGAGUGUGUGAGCGUGGACAGCCGACUUCAUAGGGCAUUUUUCGCCGUGCAGAGCCGUCUCAUCGAGGUGGAUCUGCGGCGGUUGUCGGUUGUUGGUUGCGAAUCGUUCCCGUGGUCCAUCACCGCGUUGUCCGCGGCAAGCCCGACGGUUCCUCUGACCGUCGGGACCAACCUUGGCAUCCACUUACACGACUACAGAGCGCGCAAGCCGCGGCGGAACGACCAGGACGAGAUGAUGGACGAUUUCGACAGAAUCGGGGCUAACGAGUUCUACGAGCGCAGCCUCCGACGCAUCUUCGAUGACGAGCCCCUGCCCCCUUACGCGCCGCUGUCGCAGCCGGGCCCGCUGAGCAUCCUCCAUCUCCAGCAGCCCGGCCAGGAGGCGGACAUAUCGGACGACAUCUAUGUGGCAGGUCGAUUCUCCAACAUCCUGCACUACGACCGGCGCAAAUUCCCGUCCAUCCGGGGCUCUAUCCACUCGGGGGCCCGACUGUGCGCCAUGACCUCCCUUCCUUACCCCUUCUCGACGGUCGACAGCGAGCUGCGACGCAAGGCCGCACUAUCGCUCGAGCAGGUCGAAGCAUCCAAGACGGCGGCUGGCGGACGGACGCUGAUUGCCUGCGGCGAAUACAACACCAAGGGAUCGCUCGAGCUUUACGGGCUGACGCCGACGACGGCAUCGACGCAUAGUACGAGCGCGCCGGGCGGGCUGCAGAACUCGGCGUUCAAGAACCGGCAGAACUGCUCGCGGUCCAAACUCAUGUCGGUCGUCAACCACGGAACGCGCAUCGCCUUCUCGGACGGGUCCGGCUUCAUCAAGUGGUUCGAGCGCGACGGCUUCACCGAGGUGCGCCGCUGCCGCAUCGGCCACAGCGAGCGGAACACGGAGGAACCCUCCAUCUUCUCGUCCAUGCCAGGGUCCGACGACAUUGCGCGGAAGCUGUUGCCCACGCGGCCGGCAGCAGCCGUGGCCGGCGGUGGUCACGAACCCGAGGGGGACGACGGCGGCGGCGGCGGCGAUAGCGACAACAACGGCGAAAGGCGGAGACACAGCAAUGAUUUACUCUUCUGGACGGGCGAAAAGCUGGGGCUGGUCACCUUCUCUGCGCGCCCAGGGUUCGCGCCCGAGGACUUCGAGGAGUCGACAGAGAACGGGGACGGGCCCGAAGCCAAGGCGCUGGCAGCCGCGCAGAGCGAGUACAACGAGAUGAUGCGGCGGGCGCUCGAGAGGCAGGCGGACGACGUCCGGUUCGUGAGGAACCUGGGCCUCGAUAGCGGACUUCAUCCGACACCGUUGUAGCGCAGAAGGCGGGAGAGUGGUUUUGAGAGUGGAGACCAGCCGAGCUACCACACGUACACACGGCAUACACGUACGCAGUACGGUGUACGGAUUACACUACGCACUACGGAACACACUAGAGGAAGACCCGCUCCCACGGUUGCUGCAGAAUGGAGCUAUGGCCGCGAGGUGAUCGGCGAUAGUUCGCUUACACUACACUAGAGCAGAGCAGAGGCACGUGUACUGUCGCACUGCCGACAUAGAGUGCAUACCUACUUGGUAGUAUGUACGGAAGCCGGGACUGCUUGGUUCGUGUUUGCCGGCCGGCGUUGGAUUGAUUGGGACUCGAAUAUAUAUUAUACCCCCC